AUGACAUCUCGCGCCCCGCACUAUCAUAUAGUGAAACGUGACAGCGACCUUCGUGCUACUGCAAGGCGGCUUCUCUCGUCUGAAGCCGACAGUAUAGGGCAUUGCCCAGAGGGAUAUUCACUCUCUGAACUGGAGAAGUUAUUGCAACAGAUUACAUUCCUCACCGAGGAACUUAACGCUAGCAGAUUGAGCGCUGCAAGGGCGCAGGAGAGGCUUUCUCGGGCCGAAGAGCUUAUAUGGAGCUUUCUCCAUGCCACUGAUAGCGCGAGUCAAGAGAAAGCACCGGUGAACACAUGCGAUGUCAACACAAGUAUGAGUGAGGUUACGGAGAUACAGGAGAGCAGUGCGCAACACUGCCAACAGCUGCAGAUGCAGUUUGAAGAAUUGCAAAUGCAGCAUCAUAACCUUCAAGCUGAGCACAAGGACUUAUUGAAAAGACUAGAGCAACAACAGUCACACACUAAAGCAGAGGUUAAUCAGGAAGAGAAUCGCGCUACAAUCAUAAAAUUAAAUCAAUCGUACGGAGCAGCAGUAAUAAAAAAUAAUACAUUGGAACGACAACUGAAGGAGGCACGACACAUGUUGAUAGAGUCAGAGAGGCGCGCAUCGAAGCAGCUGCAGGAGCUCAAAGAUACCAUGGAGACCCAGCUGGCGGCAAAAGAGCUAGAAAUUCAACGCCUAGUCACUGCGGCCAAUGAAGCUAAAUGCGUUACCGAUGGACAAAAACGAGUCCACUUCUUAUCACCAAUUCCCACUCAAUCCGACGAUAGCAUAUGUUUAAAACCUUUGCGAAAGGCCGGCAUGUCCGUCAAACAGGUGACAGCGCACUUUCUGGAUAGCGAGCUGAUCCUUUAG